AUGUCGGCUUUGCAGACAUUUAUGCUGGCUGUGGACCACAAUAAAGAGGAGGCCAAACAGAUCGCUGAGAGGGUUGCUCAAGAUGUCGAGAACAGGAAAACAAAGCUCAUCGAAGUUGUGCAGUCGCUUAGCGAGUAUAUAAACGAUGAAGAUUUGAUUCUGCGAGGAAAGGCAGUUUCCUACCUCACUGCCGUGAUCAAAGCUCUUCCGCCGAAAUACCUAUCACGGCAACAAAUCCAAGUCCUUACGACCUUCUUCUGUGACCGGAUUGAAGAUGGAGGUGCUGUUGCUGGGCUGGAUACCUUACAAAGGUUGGAUCGGUUCAACAGCCAGUUGGCUGAGGAGGUAGCACAGGCUAUUUUUGGCCGCUUCCAGGACCUACAAUCUCGGUCACAGUCACAGAGAUUCCAAGUAUAUCAGCUUCUAAACGAGUUGAUGUCGAGUCAUCGAGCUGCUCUUCAUGAGAUGGGAGAUGUUUCUCUUGUUGGGAUUGUCGAUCUCAUGACUGGAGAGAAAGACCCUCGCAAUCUGAUGCUUGUCUUCUCAAUUCUGAAGGUGGUCAUGGUCGAGUGGGAUAUCUCAAACCAUGCCGAGCUUCUUUUCGAAUCAGUAUACAAUUACUUCCCGAUCACAUUCAGACCUCCACCCAACGAUCCCUAUGGCAUUACCGCGCAAGAUCUGAAGGAUCGUCUACAAGAUUGUAUAUCCGCUACCAGUCUUUUUGCACCCUAUGCUAUUCCUGCUCUGCUGGACAAACUCGAUUCUACUUCACAAAAUGUCAAGAAAGAUGCUCUCAACGCCUUGAUCGCGUGUAUCCAAUCUUACGACCCGAACACCGUCUCCAAACAUUCAAUCACAAUAUGGGAUGUUCUUAAGUUUGAGAUUCUCAACGCACAAGAGGAAUUCCUUUCAGAACUCUCUCUUCAAGCUCUCAGUGGCAUUGCUAAGAGGUUGUCUGAAGGCGUCAUAGCAGUCUCCGAACAGUCACCUCUUGCACAAUUCUUGCGGCCCAUUACCAAAGAGUGCAACGAUCAGCUACGGGAACCCCAGCAGAAGCAGGCGAAGCCUGCUCAACAGAUACUACGCUCAACAUCGGCUGCUUCUAUAGCCUCAUUUACAGUGGUUGUACAGACGGUUGUGGCUCCUUUAUUGACAAUCUAUCAGGAGGCCGAUGGUAUCGCCAAACAGAGAGCUCUUCUGGAAACAUUAGGUGUACUUUUUGAUUCAGCCAUCAAAGUAUUCGGGGAGUGGACAUCGAAAGGCCCCGAACCCGGUGCUGAUAACGCUUUAUCCGAAUUCAAGGACCAAUUCUCGGACAUAUUUGGUCAAGCAUUGAUGGGAGCAGCGCAUGAAGAAGUCUCGUUCCGUGUAACCGCUCUGAAAGGAUUCCUGCGUCUUUCAGUCUUGCGCAGUUACUUCCAAGACAAUGAGAUCGGUCUCUUCGUUCAAUACUUGGACGAGAUUUUGCUUAAAGAGGAGUCCGUGGGCAGAGGUGAACUGAAAGCAGAGGCCAUUAAGGCUUUGGCCGAAAUUUCGAAGCACAAACCCCGACUGAUCAUGGAUAUAACUUUCCCUGCCUUUGUGGCAACCCUCCCGGAUUCUGAAGACGGAUCAAAUGCCGAAUACCUGACGACGCUUGAGAACCUGGCGCAAAUUAGCGUCGAAAAAGAUAUCUUUGAGACUCUGGUGCGACGCUUGCUCAGCAAGCUGACCAUAUUGCUUCAUAGAGAGCAACCUGGAUCAGCAGCAUACCCGCGUGCAAUCCUCAUCACCAUACUUUACGUGAUGCAACAGAGGGACAUGGAAAAUGAUCCAAACCUGGACCUUUAUUAUGACAAGAUCGUUGUAGGUCUUUGCCGUGGUGUUGCCGAUGCUGCAACAGGCGGAUCUAAGAACAGAACUCUUAACGACGCGACCGUCAUCGAGACUCUUGGAAGACUCUGUAAUCUGAUCGUCAGGUGUCUUCCAAAAGAAAAGCAGGAAGAAGUUGCAAAGAACGUCUAUACCUUGUUCGCUGCCUCAAAUGACUUCGCUCCGGUACCGUUCUCACAGUCUCCAAGUGCAGACCAGCUCCGUACGAUGAUUAUCUCCACAUAUCUACUUGCAGGGCUCUCGAAGGAUUGCUCAGAUAUCCCGUACACCAAACCCGAUAUGUCGUCUCUUCUUUCCGACAUUGUGAAUCGCUCAGUGACAGAAAGCGAACCCGCAACUCAACUUGCCCUCCUUCGUCACUCGGCUUUGCUUGUGAAUAAAUUCCUCCCGAAAUCAGAACUGAGCAUUGCCACUGCAGCACUAGAAAAGCUUCUAUCCACCGGGGCUGAAGAGAAAAGCCUUACUACCGGCACGAUCAAGACGAUAUUCUGGCUCUCCAAAGCCAUGAUCCUGCGUCUUGCACCAACAACCUCACAAAUCCUGACCUCUCUCCUAUCGCUUCUCUCGUCCCCCGAUGAAGCGACCAGCACCACCGCCGCCCGCGGCUUCGCCAUCCUCCUCAAAGACGACGACGUCCUCUCCCUCGCCAACGGCGCCAACAUCAGACUCCUCGCAAAGCAGCGCGUCUUCACCACGCUGACCCCGCUGAUCUCCGCCCGCAUCCGCGAAGUCAAUGUCGCCAGCGACGCCUCCUCCACCCCCGCACACAUCAAACCAGCGCAUCUCACCGCCCUGUCAGGCAUCCUCUCCACCAUCUCGCCGUCGCUCGUGAUGCCCGAGCUCCCGACCCUCCUCCCGCUCCUCCUGCAGAGCCUGGACCUGCAAACCGCAGACUCACAGGCCGUGAGGGCCGCCACGCUCGAGACCCUCGCCGUGAUCAUCCGCGAGAACGGCGUCGGCGUCAUCGAGGAAUGCGGCCACGUCCAGAGCCUGGUUACCCGUCUCUUGAAGACGGCCGUAUACAGCCCUGCGGCUCCUGAUCAAGCAGGCCCCGUGAACGGGCCGCGCCUGCGCGCCGAGACACUUAAGUGCCUGUAUCUGCUGGCUCAGACGCCGAGCUCUGACGCGCCUGCUGUUGCCAGAGCCGGCAAGCUAUCGCCUCUCCUCCCAGUCAAGAACCAAGUUGUGCGCUCUCUGGGCUUUGUCUUGGAUGAUCCGAAGCGAGACGUGCGGAAGGCUGCAGUUGAUGCCCGGGGGGCCUGGCUGCGUAACGUCGACGAUGCACUGGAUGAGGAGGACUAA